AUGGUGCGCUCAAACAAAGGCAACCUGCAUGUUGUAGAAGAACUGUACAAUCAAAUACCUGCAUUUACUGAUGUUUUUUCAGAGGAUACAUUUUACAUAUUUGUGGUAUUUUUUGUUUUGUCAACAAUACUGGUUGCUUUUAUUUUGUCAAGAUUUAUCACUAUUAAACCUGUAGAGUAGUUAUUAAGUAAUUAAAUUAGAAUGUAUAAGUGAA